AACCAGCCGGCCGUCAUGGACGUCUUAUACAUCAACUCCUCUGUGAUCCUCAUGUCACACAGACCUCUCAACUCCACGGCUGCUGAGAAGACGGUGUAUGAGCAGUGCAUAAACAUGCCCGCUCUCCUGAUCUGGUACCUCGCCCUGCAGUUCACAAACAUGGUCCUGGGCAUCCCGGCCAACCUCAUCGUGCUGUGGCUCAUCCACAAAAACAAAGUGGACUCCUCCACCUCAGAUAUCUUCAUCUUCCACCUGGCAAUUUUAGACGUGCUCUUCUGCCUCAUACCUCCGAUGGAGCUGGUCACUGUCAUCUUCCUCAACAGCAGCACCAUCUGGUACGUCCUGCGCUUCUUCUACGGCCUGAAAGACUCUUCGCCGCUCUUCCUUUCCUGCAUCUGCCUGGACCGCUACAUGGCCGUGGUCCACCCCAUCGCCUUCACGGCGCUCAAGGACAGCAACGUCAGGACGGUGAUGGUCGUCGUGGUCUGGCUGGUCACGCUGGCCUACGCCUCGGCUAAAUGUGUGGGCAGCAUCCCCAACUUUAACAAGGUCUUCACGUGGAUGAUCCUCGCCGUGUUCGCCUUCAUGGUGUUCUGCAACAUAACAAUCCUGUGGGCGCUGCGACAGUCCGGGCCCGGCAGAGACGAGAUGCACCCCGUGAAGAAGAGAGCCUUCAAGAUGGUCCUCAUAAUUCUGGCCAUCAUAGUGUUCAACUACUUCCCACCUGUUGCACUCUUCCCCUUUCAAGAAUACUUUGACCCCGACGUGUUUCGCUGCUAUAUUUACUAUUUGGUCUUUGGCUUGAUGGAUUUCAGCAGCAGCAUUCAGCCCAUGCUCUAUCUGUCCAAGGAAAAGCUGCCGUGGAGCGUCAGCUGCUGCCAGGCGGCCACGACAGAAACGCCGUAGGAACGCGCCGUGUAGGUGGUGGAUGGUUAUCAAUCCAUUAUCGAAUGAAUGUACCGUUGCUGCAAACUAUAUGAAACAAAGGGAUGU